GCAUAUUUCCAUUGUUUUCAAAUGCACCUUCUGACAACUUCAUAUUUUAACCGCAUUUUUUUUAUAGCGUCUUCAAGCUGCAACCAUCGUAGUAGUGGUAUUUGGCGCUUGGCGGUAGAAUAAAACACACAUAGACAAUCACAUUAAGGUUAUACCAACACAAAUAUACGGUUUUUUUUUAACUUGAUUUGUUAUUCUAAAAAACACCAACAAUGACGGAUCGUGCUGAUGGAGCAUUUGACGAUGGAGUUGAAGAACGCGUCAUAAAUGAAGAGUACAAAAUAUGGAAGAAAAAUACUCCAUUCUUGUAUGAUUUGGUGAUGACACAUGCACUUGAGUGGCCAUCUCUCACCGCUCAGUGGUUACCGGACGUUACAAAACCAGAAGGAAAAGAUUAUUCUGUACAUCGGCUCAUUUUGGGUACACACACAUCAGAUGAACAAAAUCAUUUGUUGAUUGCCAGUGUUCAGUUACCAAAUGAAGAUGCUCAAUUUGAUGCAAGUCAUUACGAUAAUGAUAAAGGUGAAUUUGGUGGUUUUGGAUCGGUUUCCGGGAAAAUCGAGAUCGAAAUUAAGAUCAAUCAUGAGGGUGAAGUAAAUAGAGCCAGAUAUAUGCCGCAAAAUCCGUGUGUUAUCGCAACUAAAACCCCAUCAAGCGAUGUGCUUGUUUUCGACUACACGAAACAUCCUAGCAAACCAGAACCAAAUGGUGAAUGUCAUCCGGACUUACGUUUGCGUGGUCAUCAAAAAGAAGGUUAUGGAUUAUCGUGGAAUCCAAAUUUGAAUGGUUACUUACUAUCUGCGAGCGAUGAUCACACAAUUUGCUUGUGGGAUAUUAAUGCAACGCCGAAAGAGCACCGUGUUAUUGAUGCUAAAAAUAUUUUCACCGGUCACACAGCUGUCGUGGAAGAUGUAGCAUGGCAUUUGUUACAUGAAUCUCUCUUCGGAUCGGUUGCUGAUGAUCAACGUCUCAUGAUUUGGGACACGCGAUGCAAUAAUACAUCUAAACCGUCGCAUACUGUCGAUGCCCAUGUAGCUGAAGUUAAUUGCUUGAGUUUUAAUCCGUAUUCUGAGUUCAUUUUGGCCACCGGUUCAGCUGACAAAACCGUAGCCCUAUGGGAUCUGCGUAAUCUGAAAUUGAAAUUGCAUUCAUUUGAAUCGCACAAAGAUGAAAUUUUCCAAGUUCAAUGGUCACCUCAUAACGAAACCAUUUUGGCUUCAAGUGGAACAGAUCGUCGUUUGCACGUUUGGGAUUUAUCGAAAAUCGGUGAAGAACAAAGUCCAGAGGAUGCUGAAGAUGGUCCACCCGAAUUGUUAUUCAUCCAUGGCGGUCACACGGCCAAGAUUUCAGAUUUCUCAUGGAAUCCAAAUGAACCAUGGGUUAUUUGUUCCGUUUCAGAAGACAACAUAAUGCAAGUUUGGCAAAUGGCAGAAAAUAUUUACAACGAUGAAGAACCAGAAAUUCCAGCUAACGAACUGGAAUCAACAAAUGCCUAAUUUUAAACGCAUAACCUUCUUUUCGUUUCGUUUACUAUAUAUAUAUAUAUUAUAAAACUAUUAUCACUUAUUUUACUAUGACUACGGAAGUUCUCUUUUUUCUUUAAUGAAAUAAGCAUCAAAGAUUUGAUUGUAAUGUUUUUUGUUUUCAUUUUGAAAUUCAAUGAAGUAAGUAAGAAAAAUAUUGCAUGUAUUUUUGAGAUGAUGAAUAAAAUCUAUUUCAUAAUAUA